UGCCGGCGUAAUGCCAGCGCGAGAAAGUGCCACGACUCCACACAGACAUCGACUGACUCCUCAAGCUGGGAAUAAGAUUUUUUUUUGUUUUUUUGUUUUGUUUGUUUUUUUGCUGGCGUGGUAAGGCACGAGAUAAUCAUUUUUGUUUAAACUCUUCCUGAAGUUAUUCAUCCAACGGAAAUCUGCCGCGAGAGGAGAAAGGACACUAGCAGUCAUGGACAUCUAUGAUCCUCAGACCCUUGGAAUAGUGGUGUUUGGUGGCUUCAUGGUGUUCUCAGCUAUUGGGAUUGCAUUGGUCUCAACACUUUCCAUGAAGGAGACAUCCUAUGAAGAAGCUAUAGCCAAGCAGCGGAAGGAACAAGGGAAGACCCAAUCCAAUCAACGAUCAGACAAAAAGAAAAAGGACAAGGCAGCAGAGAAGAAAAUUCGUGGUAAGAAAAAGGAUGAUAAGCCCAAUGGAAAGCUCCUGGUGUCAGAGGCCACCCCUGAGGUCACAGAAGUACCAGCCGAGCCUAGUCCUCUAAUUCUUCCAGCCCCUGAACAAGUUGCUGAUCCAGAACCAAAACAAGACUCCUCAGCUCUGUCCCCCCAACUCAACUUUUCUCAAAAGCCUGCUCCAGCGGCCCAAAAGUCUUCUCCAGCUCCUCCUGCUCAGAAACCCUCUCAAGCUCCUCCUGCCCAGAAAUCCUCUCCAGCUCCUCCUGCUCAGAAACCCUCUCAAGCUAAUCCUCCUCCUCAGAAACCCUCUCAAGCUCCUCCUCAGAAAUCCUCUCAAUCUCCUCCUGCCCAGAAAUCCUCUCCAGCUCCUCCUGCUCAGAAACCCUCUCAAGCUCCUCCUCAGAAACCCUCUCAAUCUCCUCCUGGCCAGAAAUCCUCUUCAGCUCCUCAUCAGAAACCCACUCAGGCUCCUCCUGCCCAGAAACCCUCUCAAGUUCCUCCUGCCCAGAAAUCCUCACAAUCUCCUCCUGCCCAGAUAUCCGCUUCACCUGCCCCAGCCCAAAAGUCCGUUCCAGCUGUCCCUUCACAGAAGUCUGCUUCAAAUGCUCCAACCCAGAAAGCUGCCCCACCUGCCCCUGCACAAGCCCAAAAGGCUAAUGCUCCAGCUCAGAAACCCUCUCUACCUGCACCAUCCCAGAAGUCUGCUUCAAAUUCUCCAGCCCUGAAAUCUUCUCCACCGGCCCAGAAUGCUGCUCCACCCACCCAAGCCCAGAAAUCCACUCCACCUGAACAAAAAUCCAGUACACCUGCCCCAGCCCCUUCCCAAAAGGCUGCUACAGGUGUUGCUGCAUCCCAUCCUACUCCUGAAGAUGCCCAACCUGCCCCAUCUCCUAAGGAGAAGAGAAAAAAGAAAGUCAAAGCAGAGUCUGCUUCUGCUGAGGUUCAGCCCAAAUCAGUGGCUCCAUUGGAGAUGGUUACCAAAAAGGUUCCUGUUAUGGCAGUGCCUCCAGUGGGCACUCCAAAAGGUGCUGCAGUGACUGUUUUGCCGGCCAAAGCAGAAGAGCCCAAACAGGAUGCUCCACCCAAGAAGAAAGCAGGAUCCAAGAAAAAGGCAGAGCCAGCGAUAGCUGCAGACCCCGCAGACAGCCCACUGUUCCUGCCCUAUAAGGCUCUGCUUUCCACGGUGAGGAGAAUGGAGUUCACUGAAGUAGAGGCCCAGAAGCUCAUUGAGAUUCUGUCUGAUAAGACUGGCAUUAUUCAAGACACAUGGCACAAGGCUACACAGAAGGGUGAUCCUGUGGUUGUGCUGAAGAAACAGCUGGAGGAACGAGAAAAGCAGCUGGCAGCUGAGCAGGAGGAUUCAGCAGCUGCUAAAAGCAGACUGAGAGAUUUGACUAAAGAGCUGUCUGUGGAGAAGUCAAAGGUGGCAUCUGUCGAGACCAGGUUGAGCUCUCAGCUGAGCAAGCGAGAGCAGGACAUCAUCGCCCUGCAAGCACGCAUGCAGGCCAGUUAUCAAGACCACCUCGCUGAGUCUCAGCAGCUAAAUGCCAAAAUCUCGGCUCUUCAGGACCAGUUGGAGAAAGGCCCUAAUGCUCAGCUGGCCCGUCUACAGCAAGAGAACUCCAUCCUCAGAGAUGCGCUUAACCAAGCCACCAGUCAGACGGAGAGCAAACAAAAUGCUGAAUUGGCCAAACUGCAUCAGGACAUCAUUCGGCUCAAUAAGGAACUGGUAGAGAAGAAUGAUUCCUUGCAGGCUGAAGAACAACUCAGGAAAAAUCUGGAGUCUAAAGCUGCCACAGCUGAGAAACAACUGACACAGCUGCAGGCGAACUGGAUAAGCAGCGAACAGGCCCUGCAGAAGCGUCUGGAGGAAGUGAGUGAGGAGCUCAGACAGACCCAGAGCAGCAGAAACAGCUUACAGACACAGCUUGAGCAGAAAGACACCACCGCUCACGCAGAGGCUCAAGCUCAUGUGGCUAGUGUGGAGGCGGAAUUGAAAGAGCGGAGUGAACAGUUGGAGAGUCUGCAAAGCCAGCUGAAACGUAUACAGGCAGAGAGAGAGCAGCAACUGGAGGCGAGCCAGAACAAAGAACAAAACCACAAUUCAGAGGCUUUCAUGGCUGAACUGGAGCAAGCAAAGAGCAGCCUGAAAGAGAAAGAAAGUAGAGUUUCAACUCUUGAAGAAGAGCUGGCCCAACUCAAAAACACCAUCGCCAAUCAGAUGGAUAACACAAACGAGAUGCUGGAACUGCAGCACAGCAUAAAAGAAAAGGAUGCGCAAAUAGAAACUCUUCAGGGAGAACUCCAACAGGUUAAAGAAAAAAGUUCUGACCUCAACACACUUGAAAACACAGAAAUGCUGGAAAAGUUACAAAACAGUUUGAAAGAAAAAGACUCUCAGGUGGUUUCGUUUCAAGAAGAGAUAAGGCAGUGUAAAGAACAGUACAACACUAAACUGGAAGACAGUGCAGCCAAACUGGAAUCACUACAUAAAAGUUUAUCUGAAAAAGAGAGCCUUGUGACAUCACUACAACAGGAAAUGCAGGAGCUCAAGGAACUAAAUCAGUCACAAGGCCAGAGUUAUGAGAGUUUGGAGGGCAUGCUGAAAUCUUUUCAGGCCGAGACCAAAGAAGUUCUUCACUCUCUUUUUCCACACGUCAACAUAGAUACAGCACAGACCAAAUGGCUUCAGAAUUUUGCUGUGAAUGUACAAGAGGUGCUAAACCAGAAGCAACAGAGCCAAGAAUCCCAGCUAAGCACAGAGAUGGAGGAGUUAACGGGCAAACUACAGGCAGCCCAGGAGAGUCAGUGCACACUACAGUCUGAGUGUGAACAGUACAGGAGCGUACUGGCUGAGACGGAGGGGAUGCUGAAAACACUUCAGAAGAGUGUAGAGGAAGAGGAGAUGGUGUGGAGGACCCAGAUAUUGGAGUCAGAGGACAAACGGAAGAUGCUUGAGGAGAAAGUGUUGCUGCUUGAGGCCCAGGUGGAGAAACAGCUGCAGUCAGCUUCCACUGACGGCCAGAGCCAAUCUGAAGAGAUGACGCACCUGAAGCAGGUUUUAGCAGAAUCUGAAAGACAGCUGAGUGUGGCCAUGAUGGAGGCACAAAAACAUAGGGAGCAACUUUCACAGGUCAGGCAGCAACUGAGUGACGUGACAAAGCGAGCUCAGGGAGUGGCGGAGAAUGGGCAGCCUGAAGCAGAGGAGUGUCAGGUCCAGGCUCAGCUGGAACAGACAUUGGAAAAACUGCAGGGUGAACAGACUCUAAACCAGCAGCUUUCUGCAGAAGUGGAGCAGGCACAGGAGGCCCUCAAAAGACAGCUUCAGAGCCAUCUAGAACAGAUGAAGGCAGCUGAAGACACUGCAGUCAUGGGUGAUGUUGUUCAGCUGAAGGAGUGUCUCGAGAAGGAGCGAAAGAUGACCAAAGAUUUGGGUCAGGCAGCCACCAAACUCCAGCAGCUGCUGAGAAACAGUCAGGACCAACUUGCCAAAGAGAAAGAGAAAGUCAGAACCCUGCAGGAUCAAUUGCAAGACAAGGAGGGUGAUGGAGAGCUGAAGCAAGGCACUUCUGUUUGAGGUGGAAAACAAAAAGUUUCGCCAAAAAUUGCUGUAGCACCUCAUUGCAGUACACGAGAUCAAGGGGGCAGAGUUGGAUCCAGAUCCGAGGGGUGGAGAUGGGUAAGAUUAGUCGUGGUUUUAGGGAUUGGGGAUGGAGAUGAGUAGGAUUAGGGAUCGGGUUUAGGUAUAUGUAAGGUGGGAGGAGUUGGAUCUGGAUCCAACUUCUCCCUGAAUUUUGUGUUCUGCAGUGAGGACCAUCUCAAAAAUUGCCUUAUGACCAAAAUGAAGCAUUCCUGAUUUUUUUUGUUUGUUUGUUUUCCCUUGGUCUAUAGUCUUGAUUGAAAUUGAAUGAAGACUUUCAAGAAAUCUAACUAGUGCACAAAAUUGUAUUUAGGAGGUAUGCUGGAACUAUUGUCACUUUACAUUCCAGCUUAAACCUUCUGACUAUGUCAGAAAUGAUUCCUCAACUGCCUUAUAUAGUCUUAGUGUUCUCGCAUCUCCUCCUGAUGUCAGUGUUAAAAGGGAAACUGUAUGUACAUUUUUCGUACAUCAACUAUAGUGCAAUUAAUUACUUGUAAGUGAAUGAGUAUGCAUAAUUGUAUGGUGCAUGGGAACAGAAUUUGGAAUGUCCUCUCUGUAGCUGGCUUCAACACCACUGUAUAACUUUGAUAAUUAAUAAAUAAACAGCAAUAUGGA